GCAAAACAUGGCCCCUGCCAGCCGGGCUGUUGCUGUCUUGGCGCUCUCAGUACUCUACCUGUGUCGGACAAUAAUUUCCACCGAGUACUUUUCCACUCUCACUUUGUUCAACAAUGAGCUCCACAAACAGGGUUGCAGCUCGCUGUCCGAGUGGGAAGAUUACGCUGCGGACUGCGAGUCUUCCAUUUUACAGCUGGAGGACCCAGACUGUGAGGAGGGGAGCAACCCGCCCUGCGAGUCAGUUUUCUCACUUAAUGCAGAGAAGAUACUGAACCAGGCCAAGCUGUUUAUAGAGCAGAAAAAAAUCCCCUUUCCUGUAGAUAACCACAACACAAACGAAGAACUUGCUAUAUGUUAUGUCCUGAUAGGCAACGGACUUUAUGAUGAAGCCAUAAAACACUUCUCACUCUUACUACAGGGUGAUCCAGAGCUGGUUAGUGCCAUCUAUGGAAGAGGGAUAGCUUAUGGGAAGAAAAGUCUGCAGGACAUAAAGAACGCUGACUUGGCGUUGUACGAGCUCAACCGAGUCAUCGCCCUCGAGCCGAACUGGCCAGAGGUCUACGAACAGAGAGCAGAGAUCCUGUCUCCUCUGGGUCGUAUCAGUGAGGCUCUGAGUGACCUGACCAAAGCCAUCCAGCUGCAGCCUUCAGCUCGCCUCUACAGACACAGAGGAACUCUCCUCUUCAUUUCAGAGGAUUACGUGGCAGCUAUGGAGGACUUCCAGCGAUCUUUAGAGCUAAAGAAGAACCAGCCAAUCGCCAUGCUCUAUAAAGGCCUCACCUUUUUCCACAGAGGCAUGCUCAAGGAAGCCAUCGAGACAUUUAAAGAGGCGUUGAAGUUGAAGUCUGACUUUAUAGAUGCUUAUAAGAGCCUUGGACAGGCCUACAGGGAGUUGGGUGACUUUGAAUCGGCGAUGGAGAGCUUCCAGAAAGCUCUCAUGCUGAACCAGAACCACAUCCAGUCUCUCCAGCUCAGAGGCAUGAUGCUGUACCACCACGGCUCUCUGCAGGAGGCCAUCGGCAACUUCAAGAGGUGCCUUCAGUUGGAGCCCUACAACGAGGUGUGUCAGUACAUGAAGGGGUUGAGUCACGUGGCCAUGGGGCAGUUCUACGAGGGCAUCAAAGCUCAGACUAAAGUCAUGCUGAACGACCCGCUGCUGGGGCAAAAGGCCAGCUCUGAAUACCUCAAAGUGAAAUACCUCAGAGAGUACUCUCGUUACUUGCACUCCCACCUGGAUAUCCCAGUAGCAGAGUACAACGUGGACCAGGACUUACCGGGGAACUUUAAGAACCACUGGGCCAAGAACCUGCCGUUUCUAAUAGAAGACUAUGAGGAACAGCCUGGUCUGCAGCCACAUAUCAAAGACGUGUUGCCGCAGAACUUUGACAGCUACAGCACCGAAGUCCAGAAGCUGAUCUGCUCCGCCGAUCAUCUGGGCGCGCUCAUGCAAUACGACACCCCUGGUUUCUUACCAAACAAGAGGAUACACAGAGCCAUGGGGUUAGCAACGCUGGAGGUGAUGCAGGCCAUGCAUCGGACGUGGAGCAACUCUAAAGUGCGAGUUAAUGGGAAGACCAGGCAAAUGCAGUGGAGAGACAUGUUUGACAUAGCUGUCAAAUGGAGGAGGAUCGCAGAUCCAGACCAGCCAGUUCUGUGGUUAGACCAGAUGCCAGCCAGGAGCCUCAGUCGAGGCUUCAACAACCACAUCAACCUCAUCAGGGGACAGAUUAUCAACAUCAGAUACUUGGCCUAUUUUGACAACAUCCUUGACUUCAUCAAAGACAGAAUACUGGUGUACCACGGGGCAUACAACCCCAGAGGGCUCCUGGAGGUCCGCCAAGCUCUUGAAAAUGUGAAUAAAGUAGAAGAUCUGCUUCCGAUAAUGAAGCAGUUCAACAGUAAAACGAGAGAUGGCUUCACAGUCAACUCCAAGGUGCAGAGUGUGAAGGAUCCUGGAAAAGAGUACGAUGGUUUUACCAUCACCAUCACUGGAGACAGGGUGGGAAACAUGUUAUUCUCUGUGGAAACGCAGACGACAGAAGAGCGGACACAGCAGUACCAGUCAGAGAUCGAGUCCAUCUACAAAGACCUCACAGCAAAAGGAAAAGCGUUAAUGCUGUCCACCGAGCUGGGGGAUGCAGAUGCAGUGUGCAACCUGAUCCUCUCCCUGGUUUAUUACUUCUGCAACCUCAUGCCUCUCUCCAGAGGAUCCAGUGUGGUGGCCUACUCGGUGGUGAUGGGGGCGCUGAUGGCCAGCGGGAAGGAGGUCAUCGGUAAAAUUCCAAAAGGAAAGCUGGUGGACUUUGAGGCCAUGACUGCACCCAGUUCAGACAGCUUCAGCAAAACAGCAAAGAGCUGGAUGAAUUUCAAGAGUUUACCAAAUUGGUACCAGAGUCUUCCAUCUGUAGCAGAGACCUUCCCGUCCAUCAGAACGAUGAUCGAGGUCCUCAACACAGACUCGUCUUCACAUUGUCCAAAGAAGUCUUAACAAAACCUCUCCACAAGUCUGUGGAAUAAAGUCUUAAAAUGCGGAGUCUGUGCAGGCCAGAACAAAGGGAGGGUCUGCUUCUACAACCCAAACAACUCUUUUCUCUCAGAAAUUCAAUUUUUAUUUGGUUUAAACUAAAAAAGUCACCACUGAUCUAAUUUUACGUCCACAUUCUGCUUUCAUCUGUCAUUCCCCCAUCAGCCCUUUUAGCUGUCAGAGAGGAGAUGAUGCUGGAGGGGAAAUGACGGGAUGUUGUUUGGGAUGCAGAAGCGAUUCAGUCCACCUUCGCUCUUCCUCUGCAUCAUCCUCACACUGAAAAUGCCCAAAGCACAAAACCCAUCUCACCACAUCUGUCAGCAUGAGCCUCGUUGCACAGUCUGAAUUCAUCUGUCACCUUAGAUUAAAUAGAAUUAAGUUAACACACAGUCCAGCCUAUCAGCAGGGAACGGGAGAUUAAAAAGAAAAACUUCUGGGUUAUUGAAUUUCACUAAGGAUACUUCAAGUAGUCUCUUAUUUCAUUUUGUCCCUGAUCCUGAUUUUUUUUUUUUUUUGUGACCAGUAAUAUGCUGGCAUGAAACUACAAAAGAGCAUCUGUUUGAGAUUUUAGUAAAAUCAAUUCAUUAACAAAUAUUUCUGCCUCCAGCUUCCAAAAUGUUAAAAAAAAAAAUACUUGUUUUUAUUAGUUUUAAAUCUAUAAGAAAUAACUUUAAUCAAUUUCUAAACGUUUCAUUUUAAAGGUGGCUGAGAAGUUUUAGGGAACGCUGUUUAAUCUUUUUAAUUUUUUAGAUUCUCUGCAGGUUUUUAUUUUCUGUUUUAUAAGCUGCCUGAUAAAAAGUUACAAGUAAAAUAUCCUGAUCGUCCUCGAACGCCUCUGACCGCUGGGUCUUUGAGGAUUUAUUCUAGAAACAAGCUCUCUCAUGUUUCUUUUCUGUGGUCGAAGCUGAGAGCAAUAGUUUGGAAGGGCAGAUCACAUCUUUCCAGAUGUUUCAGUACAUCUUUUUUCAUGAAACUGAGUCUUGUUGAGAAAAUCUGCUUAGAUUUAACACAACUUUUUAAUUUCUCCAGAUAAAUCUGAGAUAGACAUCAUUAAAGUCUUUAUCAUUUGCUUAUAUAAGCAGGAAUGAGGAAUGGAGGCAGAAAUGUGGGUUAAAGCACAUGAAAACAGUGAAAAUAUCCCAUGAUUUGGAGGCCUUUAAGAUGAGAAAAAAGUCCCAUUAAUCCUGAUUUUUCUCAUUUAAAUACAUAAUUUCUGCUAAUUAAUACAAAGAUAAUCCCGACAUCAUUUCCUGUGUUGUGUCAUUUUCUGUCAUAAUACUCAUUUCUUUCUUUUUGCUGAGUCAUCUUAUCAACAAGUGUUUCAUUGGGCUUCAGUGAGGAGUGCACGGGAAUCUUUCAGCAUUAAACUGGAAGGAGGGACUUUUCCCAUUGUAUGAAUGUUCAACAGUCAAUAAACUGGGUGACAGUUUCAA